GAGUGGAUCCAAAUUGUGGGCUGAAGGCUUUGCAUUCGUGCGUCUGGCACAUGACCGGUGCAUUGACCGGUGCAUUCAACUGAAAACCACUUCUUGGAGAAGAAAAGCUGAUGCGGCAGAGUGAGUGCAUCAUACGCGGUACUGUAUGUCAACGCCAGAUAUGACCCCGCUGCAAAGGCGGUGGGAAGACAAGGAAGUUGACUCAACGAAUCAAGUGGCAGAAGGAUGCAAUCAUAGUGGAUGUAAACUAGUCGACAACUUUAUUUGCACCGCUUGCUGCAAAUUUCUCAACAUUGCGCAUUUGGCUACGACCUGCAAGGCAGACAGUCCCAAGAUAUUUCGUCUGUUUAAAUUAGUUGAUUAAAGCAACAGUAUUGUCUAUUUAGUUGCUGUUUUGAAACCCAUGCAAUUAUUUCAUAUUUCACAUGAUUUCCACUUUUAUCAAUAGGGCUAUUGAGCUCUCAUUUGUACUGCGGCCGGUAGCACUUGCACGUCUUGCCAAAAUAAUGUGAGCAUUUGGAUUGUAUUUCACAAAAAAAAGGGAAACGUGUCGCUGUAAUGAAGUUAAUAUGAACAUUUCGAAUAGUCUGCAAUGGUAACCGGGGAAUGUGGAACAACCAUGCAUCGAAUUCUGCGGAGGAGAAAAGUGCGCAAACUUCGCUUCGUCUGGGCAUUCAUGGCCAUGGUGGCUCUGUCGCUCUCCGCCUGCAGCGCACUGUUUACGGCGUGGACCUGGAGACAGACGCGGGACCUGUCCCAGUCAUUAAAAACUCUGCAAGACCGAUUGGAGCAGGUGAAUACUCAGCGGAAGGCCAUUGUCCAACUCAUCAUGGAGAAGAGAGAUUUGCUUGUGGGCCAAAGGGUGAAGAGAGAUGGGGGAACUGGGAAAGGGAAGAAUGGACAUGGAAAGAAAGUGGCUUCUCAGUUUGAGAUAACCAAAGAGUCUGUUCAGAAAGUGGGAGAGGACGGCUUGAUAAAAGGAUGGACGGACUCCGAGCACUUGAAUAUGAGCAAGGCGGUGAAGUACAACGCAGACAGAGGCAUCUUCACAGUUGAGAGAACGGGAGUCUACUUCCUGUACUGUCAGGUGUUGUUCAAUGAGAACCAGUCUCAGCUGGUGAAGCUGGACGUGGCGGUGGUGAGGGGGAGCCAGCGGCUUCAGAGGUUACAGUGCAUGGAGGGCUACGGGACUACGCCUGCAGCCGGAUCACACCAGUUCCACUUCCUCAAACCCUGCCAGGUGUCCGGCCUGCUGCGGCUGGAGAAGGGGGUGGAGCUAAAAGCCAUCACAGGCCCCGCUUUCAACCUCCACAUCACGGGAAAGCAUUACUUCGGUCUCUUUAAGGUCAACUGAGCUACCGGAGAGGAUGGGCAUUUUAAAAGGAAGGAGGAGAAACCUGUUUUAAAGGAAGUGUUUUGUCUUAUUCGGACCUGUAUCAAAGAGACACACCAAUGUGAUAUUUCCGGAUUCGUUUUUAUUGUGAAAUCUGGACCAACGAUCUGAAUCGUUGGAAUAACUAUGAAUCAUGUUACCUAUAGACACUCUGUAUGAUACCUUUUCAAAGACAGAAACUACAAGGAAGACUUAAAGUGAAACUAUAUUAUGCACUUCUGGACUCUCCAAGAGUUUCUACCCCUGCUUCUUUGAAGAUUUAAAACUAAUGGAAUAUUCUCUGAUGGAGCUCUUUUGGAGCACAACACAUCCACCUGACUCUUCUUUCACCGUGACUUGGCCUGAAGACUGCGGGUGCACCUCUCUGAGGAGCUACGCUGGUGGACUACUGAAUGAGAAGGAUUUUGGAUAAUGAGCUCUACAACUCUUGUCUCUUUUCCAUUGUAAUCCUAGCUUAGGUUAUUUCAGUAGCUUGGAGAUAAUAUAAGCAGCCCAGCUCAGAUGCAAAUAUUGUUCUGUUCACAUUCAACUAAACAGCGAUGCACACCUCGGCUCAAGCCUAAAAAAACCCAUCAAAAGUCCAUUAUAGUGCACUGCGCUAUGAGACGCAUUGGAUUGAACCUUGACCUGUAUGUGAAAAUAAGUGUCAACCUGUGGAGAUAUUUCAUGGUGGAAAUAGAAAUGAUUUUGUAUAUUAUAUUCACAAUACUUGUACUCAUUCCAAAGCGCUCUUAUGUGCCAUUUGCAGCAGUAUGUUUUGAAUACAGACAGUACAAACAAAGUAUUUCUAUCAGGUGGUUUGGUUUAAUGUUUCACCACUCCUACUCUGGUUUAUAAGUAGUAUGUGGGGGACCACAUUGGUUUCUGCUCAGCAAUUUCCACACGUGCACGCACGCACGCAUGCACACACACACACACACACACACAGCAAAAGUCAAGUUAUUAUGGUUUCCAGCUCUAAACGUCAUUUCUCAUCAUUAGAUCAAAAGUGUAAAAUGUGGUUUUGUAAAGUAUACAUAGUUCUUGUUUGAUUUCCUAAUCCUUCUCCGCUUCCCUUUUGUGUUUACCCACUUUGCACAUCCCCUCACACACACACACACACACACACACACACACACACACACACACACACACACACACACACACACACACACACACACACACACACACACACACACACACACACACACACACACACACACACAGCUCUUCAACUCUCACUUCCUGAUUCCGAUCUUGAACCAAAUAGCUGAAAGCGUUUGAUGAAAAACAUGUCGGGCACUUCCCUCCCCAAUUCCUUUUAUUUGAAAUGUCAAAGUUUAUUGCCACUUUAAAAAGCCUUAUUUUGCACAAUGAGGCCUUUCGCUGAGAAGUCUAACAAGUUGGGCAAGGUUGAAGAACCAGUGAGGGGAUAUUGUGUAUAUACAUGUUUGCGUAAUUAUGUCUGCAACGCUGGUUGUUGUUCUAAACUCACUUCCUAUAAAAAUGUUAACCUUUAAAACCUUUUUCCGUUUAAAUAUCUCCUUGUGUUCGCUUUUGACUCAGACCAGGGAUUACUACUGUACAGAGACAGGAUCUUAAUUUGAGCCAGUUUGCUACAGCAGAAGAAAAAUCCUGAAGCAACAGGAAAUGUAACUAUUAUGUGGAUUAUAAUUCAAAUACAUUUUUGUAGGGUUUGAUACAUUUUUCAGAAGGAAAAAUCAAGUCUGAAAUUUCAAGGUGGAAAUUACAAACUUCAGAAGCCUUUUUAAACCUCAAAUACACUACAAGUUUUAAAUGUCCUGAAUUGCAGGAAAGAUCUCCUGCAACAGGGUGA